AUGGGAACUCGCAAUUCCAGAAGCCCUCGUCUCUACGCUGGAAGUCACCCGGUGGAGGCCGGCUUUUGGGAAGAUUCCGCAACGGACAACAUCGACAAGGAAUAUCGGCUUGUUGAACACCUUCACGACUGCGCGAAGAAGGCUGAGAGUUUUAAAACCACCAAGGGACGCCUGUUUCUUGAAACUCUUGAGCUGAUACACCAGCGUGGAGCAGCACGAGCCGCAGGGAACCAAGAACUCACGUCCGAGCUCGCAAGGCUUUGCAGAAAGGAAGACCAUAAAGAGAGAAGAGCAGAAGUGCUAGCUGAAGCUGCAGAGGCGCGGAAAAGCAUCCGCUAUGCCCGUCGAGACUUCGCCAGUCACAAGACGAGGAUGACUGCUCUCCGGAACCCGAAGGGAACAACCAUUGCAUCGAGAAGGGGGGAAGACGGACAUGUCACUCCAGAGGUUCUCCCGUCCGAAAUACGACAUGCUAUCAUGUCGGUAAGAAAUCGUAUGGCACCCGGUCCCGACAGAAUAAGACCAGAACACCUGAAGAGCCUUCCGCCAGUACUCAUCAACACCCUGGCGAGGCUCUUUACACGUUAUCUGUCGGAAUGCAAGGUUGUUAAACAGUGGAAGAUCAGCAAGACCGUGUUGUUGUAUAAAAAGGGAGAUCUACAUGACAUCGGCAACUGUCGCCCAAUCUGCUUAUUGUCCGUCAUGUACAAGCUCUUCACAAGAGUGAUCCUUAAAAGGAUUGAAAAAGUCUUGGAUGAAGGACAGCCGUGCUAG